AUGGAAGUAGAUGAUAACCUGAAAGUACAAGACGUGAUUCGUGAAAAAUCAGCACUAAAUUAUUAUAAGAAUUUAGGGCAAAAUUAUGCCAAUCUAUUAUUAAUAUAUCUCAAGUCACAAAAAUUCAAAUAA